GCUGGCAGCAUCUUCCUCGAUGUCUGUGCGCUCAUCUUGGUGUAUCCGCAGCAUGGAACUGUUAACCGGCAGCAGAUUUCCGUGAUCUCUUGUUUUUUUUAAAAAAAGUAUUUGUUUUAUUUCAUUAUCUGCUUGCCCCGAAUCUCCUGGCAGACAGCAGUUAUGGGCUGGGGGUGCCUUUCGCUGGCCAUCACUCUGUCAGUCUCCCUGUGCAUGUCCUUCCGUGAACUCGGCAGCGGAGGCGACACAGAACCAGGCUCGGGGGAAUCCUUCAUUGAUGAAAUAGACUUGCUGGAUAAACUCACAUCCCUGUCAUCUGAUCUCACCAACGUGUCCAUCUCAGCUGGUGAAGAUAAUUGUACAGUCUAUGAAAUCGGCCAAUAUUCCACACUCACUGCCCCGACUAGAGACGUGUUUGGAAUCAGUUUUGCAGAUGAGUUCACUCUACUGAUCAAACUCCGCUACACCAUGAGAGAAGACACCGUCCUCUUCACUGUGCUGAGCUCUGAAAGCCACGUCCUGCUGCAAGUCAGAAUCAACCCCUAUGCAUUUGUCUUUGUCACCACCAGGAGGCGUUACUACGAGUUUCCCAUUUCCUUCCUUUCAGAUGGCAGGUGGCACAAAGUUGCAGUUAGUGUUUCAUGGAACAAAAUUGAACUGUAUGCUGACUGCAAGUUUAUCGAAAGUGUCAGAUGGAAGAACUACUUUGGAAUGGAAGUAACCACAGAAGGCCUGGUUAUUGUAGGAGGGCUAAUUGAGGCCUUUGAGACUCCUUUUGAGGGACUAAUUCAACAGCUGUUGUUUGUUAUGGGAAAGCCAACUGCGGCCAAAGAGCAUUGCACAAGGUACCAUCCAACUUGUAAGGUGACAUCGAAAGAUGAGCCUGUCCUCAGCGGUCCCGACUUCCGUGAAGGAAACUAUUUUCUCUCCGUGCGGUCAGAGGGAUCUGGGGAUAUAACUCACGAAAUUGAUACAAGACCAGCCUUAACUCAGAUCAAAGGAAUAACAGGUCACAUUCAUGUGAAGAAUGUGGUUAGACACUCUGUGUCGGGGAAGCCACCUGAAUAUAAUCAAAAUGGGGGCACCGAACUGCUGAAUCACACCAACAGUGCGGUAACCAAUUCAAGACCAGGCAGGCCUGGGACAAACAUCAACAUCCCAUCACUCCCACACAAUUACAAGGAGAUUUCAAAUACCUUUCACCAAACUCCUGAUUUUAAACUCAAUGAAAUUCUUGAAGAGAGUGAUGACAGAUCCAAUGUAAAGACUCGUGGUGCAUUUGAUGAGGUUAUUGGCAAAGAGCUUUAUCUGUCAGUAUCUGAAAAUCAAGGAGGUGUUGCACUCCACAAGCAAAAGCAGGAUGGUGUGCUUGUGGUUUCAGAUAACCGCUCAGUGACAUCCACUUCGACAAUUGACACCCAAUUAAUAACUAAUUCAUCGAGUACUUACCCAGAUGGAGACGUCCCACUGCCGUGGAAGGAGAUUGAUGCACAACAGGAAGAAAGCAUGUUGAUAAUUGAUCUCGCAAACAAAAAUGCUGCAACUUCCAAGAAGCUGAGGUGGUACGAAGCAGAUAUUGAUCUAAACAGUGAUCAUUACCUGGUCCAGAAUACCAAAGAAAAAGUUAUAUCCAGCAAAGAGAUGUUAGAGAUGGAGAGCACAGAAGAGACCGCACUGUGGCAGCACAAGAAACUCCACAGGACCUCAGAGAAGAGUUCAUCCCAAGCAGGAAUCCAAACUCAUUGCAGAGUGCGGACAUGUGGAAGGGCAAGAGCUCCUGGACCAAGAGGACCAGGGGGGCUACCUGGCCCACCGAUGUCCCUUGGGGUCUGGGGCAUUCGGAACGUGCACAUGAAUGUCAGCGAUCACCAUGAGUCCAUGGUGUGCCACCUGAUCAACUCGUCCAACGAUCCUCUAAUCCACUCAUCCUUGCUCUCCACUCAUGACCCUGUCUUCACCUGGUCAUCCUGUUCAUUGCUGAGUUGGAGGCCCAUGUGCUGCACCAACUGCCUGCAACCUCAGUUGACUUCACCCCGUAAACCCAUGGAGACGGCGGUAGCCCUCGACCUUACCAGACUCCCACAGGAAUGUCACGGCUUGGCCACCGCGUUCAGUAGAAUGGAAGCCAGUACCCUGCCACCACGCAGACCACAUGACUGCAAUCGACCUCCUCCUGGACAACACCCCACCUGA